AUGCCAGAAUCACGCGCAUUGUCGCACGCCUCCAGCCGUGGAGACAGCACGCGGGCUGUGCAUGACCUUCAGGCUCGCCUCGCAGCAGCGGAGAAGGACGUCGCCGUCGCACUCCGCGACCAAAACUAUGACCAGCUCAUUGUUGUGUCCACCAAGGCGCUGGAAGAGAAAUCCAAUGUGAUGGAUAAGAAGGUGAUCAAGUCCCGAAAGAACCUCCUGUGGGCACGCUCACAUGCCUAUCAACACAGGAACUUGCACGAGCUCGCGCUUCGCGACGCAAAGAAGGCUCUCAAGCUCGAUCCUCACGAUCCAGGAUCGUUCCUCCGCACAGCCGUCAUGCUAGCCAACGCUGGACACAGCUCACAAGCAGAGAACUGUCUAGAUCAGGCUUGCGAGCUUGCACAAGGACUCGAUCCGCCCACCAAAGCAGAGUGGCUGCGCAAGAUCCAGAAGCAGCGACGCAUGCUCAAUCAGGGCAAGACGAGUCCUAUCGAUGUCCUCCCGAACGAGGUUCUGGUUCAGGUGGCUCAACACCUCGACUAUGGCGACCUUUCCGCGAUGGGCCAAACCUGCCGCAGAUGGCGUCAGACGCUGUUGUCUAUUCCGGCUUUGUGGCGAUCCGUGAUCAUCAAGUCGGAGAGACUCUCAGAGUCCAAGUCCAAGUCAUGGUUGCAACAUGUCGAAAUGUGCACCGCACGGGCCAACAACACACUCGAAAGUGUAACCUUCAUCCCGCCUUUCCCCCUUGCUUUGCUCGACAAGGUUCUGGACCUCCUGCGUGGGUCGGCUGCCACCCUCGCGCAUCUGGCUCUGCCGGUGAAAAACCAAGAAACUUGCUACUCUCGGCUAUAUCGCUACUGUCCCCGACUGUCUUCCAUCGACUGCACUGGAUGCGAUGCCUCUGCUUCAUCAAGUGACUCUGGCGGCGCGACACUCCCCCUUGGAGACCCAGGGUCACUUGUGGAGCCUUUUUCUCUGCAAGUCUUUCGCACGGAUCCCUUGAAUCGGUAUUCCAGCCUUGUCAGCCAUAUGCACAGCUUGCGCGUGUUGGACGAAUUCGCACCCUCCCUAGUACUCCUCCGUGCAUGCCUACCCAACCCCGCGACGGGGGACAUUUCGGACGCGUACGACUUCGUCGUGCAGCUGCUCCAGACCAACGCGGCCACGUUGGAAGAGAUCAAUGGACCGAACAUGUGGCCCCAUCCCUCUAUGCUUAGGCAAUGGGAAGAGAUCUCUAUCACAUUCCCGAAGAUGGUCAAAGCGGCUUUGGGCUUGUGUACGAAGCUCCAAUUUCACCUUCCCAACGUGCUGGAUCUAGCUCUAGACCUCCGCAUGUGUGGCUUCGUCUAUGAACCCCGUCUCACGGCGCUUUUGGAGACGAGCCCGUGUUUGCAAACUCUCAAGAUUUCGGCCACAGAUACAACCGCACCGAACGAGAUUACGGCAGCUCUGCAGAGACUUGCAGAUCUUCAAAAGCUGAACCUCGAGUUUGCAGGUCAUGCAAGGGCGUUGGUUGCCACAUUGCUUCCGACAGCAAUCAGCAGCGAGUCUGGAGAAAGCGGGAUCGAUUUCCGCUUUUCGAAGCUGCGUCAGCUCACCCUGGAUGCGUCUCGGUUGGAUCUGACAAGACUGGCUGCGGCCUUGAUUGUGCGCGACAGUCUGUUGAACGGCGACACGCUUCAGAAAGCCCAUCAGGCGUCUAACGAGCUUCUCAAGGCGCUGAGCCACAACACGUCAGCGCGUACCGCGUCAGCUUUCCAGCGAGGCGCUGGGACAAAGGCCCUACCACUGUCCAAUCAAGAAGACAGAAGCCCUCGCCUGGACAAUCCACACCAGCAUUCACGUCUUGUCAAGCUGUGCCUGACGGGCCUGCGCGAGCUCCCAGAGGACGUCGAGAGCGCACUGCGCUUGACCGUGCCCGAGCUUGAACUCUCGUACAGCCCGCUCUGA